AUGAAUUCAUCAAGAUUUGGAAGAUCAAAUUAUAGUAGAUUUAGUUCUAAAAAAUCAAAAGAGAAAAAAUUUGCUUUAAAAAAUGGAGGAGAAUUAGGUGGGAUUAGUAAUGAUGGAAAUACAUGUUUUAUGAAUUCUGUUAUACAAUCAUUAGCUUCUUCAAGAACUUUAAUUAAAUUUAUUGAUUCUUAUCUUUAUUCCGAAAUUGAAAUUGAUACUAAUUCAAAUAAUGGUGAAAAAAUUUUAAUGAAAUCAAAUCAACCUAAACCUGAAUUGAUUUUUACAAAUACUUUUAAAAAUCUUUUAGAUAAUGUUAAUGGUAAAUAUGGAUCAAGAGGUAAAGAAUUUAGUACAAAACAAUUAUUAAAUAAAAUGCCUAAUGGUCCUAAACAAAAUUUUUUUAGUGGUUAUAGUCAAGAAGAUGCACAAGAAUUUUAUCAAUUAAUUAUGAAUAUUUUGGAAAAAGAAUUUAAAAAAAUGAGUAUAAGUAGAUUACCAACUCCUGAACCAGAAGAUGAAAAUUCAAACAAACCAAAAGAAAAUAAAUUUAUUGAUUCUAGAAAUUUAAAAGAUGUUAUUUCUGGAUGUAAUAGAUUGGGGAAAUUAGGUCCAGUUUAUAUUCCAGCAGCACAAGUUGAUCCAAAUAUGGAAGAUGCAGAAUAUAAAGUAAUGCCUUUAGAAUUGAUUACUCCAGUUGAUGGUAUCACUACCGAACGUAUAGGAUGUUUAACAUGUGGAGAAGUUGGAGGAAUAAGAUAUGCAGUCAAUAGUGGAUUAAGUUUAAAUUUACCACAAAAUCAAUCAUAUUAUUCAAAUAGUUAUGAUAUUACUCAAUUAUUAAAUGAAUGGAUAACUCCAGAAAUUAUAGAAGAUGUAAAUUGUAAUAGAUGUGGAUUACUACAAACUCAUGAAUUAUUAUCAACUAAAUUACAAUCAUUAUCAAAAGAUGAUAAUUUCAAACUUAUAGAACAAAUAGAAGAUAGAAUAAAUGCAAUUGAAAUAGAAUUAAAAAAACCACAAAUUACAGAUGAAAUAUUUGAAAAGUUAACAACAAAAAAUCAAAUUAAAAAAUCUAAAAAAUCUAAACAAAUUUUUUUAGAUAGACCACCUCCUUUAUUAUGUAUGCAUAUAAAUAGAUCUCAAUUUGAUCCAAAAACUUAUAUGAUUUUAAAAAAUCCAAGUAAUGUUACUUUCCCUGCGGUGUUGGAUUUAAAUCCUUAUAUUGUUGAGCCAAAUGAUAUUAAUAUGGAUGCUAGACUACCGUUUAGAAAACAAGAUGAAAUAAGAUUAAGACAACAACAACAACAGCAGCAGCAGCAGCAACAACAACAACAACAACAAGAUACUGAGUUCAAUGAAGAUGUUGAAGAGGAUAACGAAGUUGAAAAUGCUGAGUCCUUGUCAUCAUCAAAGACAGAAUCUUUUGAUGAAAAAGCAGAAGUAUUAUCUACUCCAGCAACUACUAUAGAUUCAUCAGUAACAACAACUAAUCCAUCUUUAUUAUAUAAUUUAAAAGCUGUUAUAAUUCAUUAUGGUACACAUAAUUAUGGUCAUUAUAUAUGUUAUAGAAAAUUAAGAGGUACUUGGUGGAGAAUAAGUGAUGAAUCAGUAUAUGUAGUUAGUGAAGAAGAAGUAUUAGGUGGUCAAGGUACAUUUAUGUUAUUUUAUGAAUAUGAUGAUGGUUUUAAGGAAAUUUUACAAGAUGUAACCGAUGAUGAAGAAGAAGAGGAAGAACAAGAACAAGAACAAGAAGAAGAAGAAGAAGAAACAACAACGGAACCACAAAAUCAAAUUCAAGCUGAAAGCGAUAGUGAUGAUGAAGAUGAAAUUGAAGAUGAAAUUGAAGAUGAAAUUGAAGAUGAAAUUGAAACUCAAGAUAAAAAAUUACAAACAGAAUCAAAUGAAUCAACAAAUUUAAUUAAUGCUUCAGAUGAUAGUGAUAAUAUACCUUUAAAUGGAAGCGUGGAACAUUUUGAAAAUAUAAGAAGUUUAACAUCAGUUACUCCAUCUAUAAAAGAUGUUGAGAUGGAAGAUGAAGAUAAUGAAAUCAUAAAUGAAAGUGAUGAUACAAAUUUCAAUAUUGCUGAAGCUCAAGUUCAUUUAUAG